CGCGGUGGCGAGAGCACUUCUGGCUCCGGCUGCUGCUCCUCCUCCGCUCCUCGCUCUCCGACUACUUCGCUCCUCGCCUCCCGCGUUUGGGUCCCCCGAGCCGGGCAGCGCCGGGCGCCGCGAUGAAGGUGCUGGGGCACAAGAUCGAGCUGCUGACAGGGCUCCUGCUCCACGACGUGACCAUGGCCGGGCUGCAGGAGCUGCGAUUCCCCGAGGAGAAGCCGCUGCUCCGGGGCCAGGACGCCACCGAGCUGGAGACCUCCGACCCCUUCCUCUUGGCCGUGGACACAGACUGGAAGGAGCAUGACAUUGAGACGCCCUACGGCCUUCUGCACGUGGUGAUCCGGGGCUCCCCCAAGGGCAACCGCCCGGCCAUCCUCACCUACCAUGACGUGGGCCUCAACCACAAGCUGUGCUUCAACACCUUCUUCAACUCGGAGGACAUGCAGGAGAUCACCAAGCACUUCGUGGUGUGCCACGUGGACGCCCCCGGCCAGCAGGUGGGGGCGUCCCAGUUUCCUCAGGGGUACCAGUACCCCUCCAUGGAGCAGCUGGCCGCCAUGCUCCCCAGCGUGGUGCAGCACUUUGGGUUCAAGUACGUGAUUGGCAUCGGGGUGGGAGCUGGAGCCUACGUGCUGGCCAAGUUCGCACUCAUCUUCCCUGACCUGGUGGAGGGGCUGGUGCUGAUGAACAUCGACCCCAACGGCAAAGGCUGGAUCGACUGGGCUGCCACCAAGCUCUCCGGCCUGACCAGCACAUUACCCGACACGGUGCUAUCUCACCUCUUCAGCCAGGAGGAGCUGAUGAACAACUCGGAGCUGGUGCAGAGCUACCGGCAGCAGAUCGGGAACGUGGUGAACCAGGCCAACCUGCAGCUGUUCUGGAACAUGUACAACAGCCGCAGAGACCUGGACAUCAACCGGCCUGGAACGGUGCCUAAUGCCAAGACUCUGCGCUGCCCCGUGAUGCUGGUGGUCGGGGACAACGCACCUGCGGAGGACGGGGUGGUGGAGUGCAACUCCAAACUGGACCCGACCACCACGACCUUCCUGAAGAUGGCAGAUUCCGGGGGGCUCCCCCAGGUCACACAGCCGGGGAAGCUGACCGAAGCUUUCAAGUACUUCUUGCAAGGCAUGGGCUACAUUGCGUACUUGAAGGACCGAAGGCUGAGCGGAGGAGCAGUGCCCUCGGCCAGCAUGACCCGUCUCGCCCGCUCCCGGACGGCGUCCCUCACCAGUGCCAGCUCGGUGGACGGCAGCCGCCCGCAGGCCUGCACCCACUCGGAGAGCAGCGAGGGGCUGGGCCAGGUCAACCACACUAUGGAGGUGUCCUGCUGAAGCCCUCGGUCCCCCGACGCCGCCCACGUGCCCCCCGCCCUCAUCGAAGUCCCACUGCCACCCCCGCACCGGCUCCUUUUCUCUUUUGUUUAUUUCCGUGAGGGCGAAGGGGAGGAAAUGGGGCUACGUCUCUUACGUGCUACCGCAGAGCAGUCUCCAGAGGGCCCCCACCCCCCGCCUCACUCACCUUGUCGACUUGGCUCGCCUGGACUCCUCCCUCCCAACUCCCCACCGCCCGGGCAGGAAGGGGCUCCGCCAAGGAAAGACUGAGUCCCUCCCUGGCCCGGGUCCAGGGUAAUAUCCUGGAUUAAAGAAAGAGCGUGGGGUGACCCCCGCGGGCAGGCAGGUGUGGGGGUGGGGUGGGGUUGUGAGGGGAUGGGUGCAGGAGCGGGGUGCAGCUCAGGCACUGGCCUGGGAGCAGCCCUGGAGCUCCGCGGGGCUCCCCACCUGCCCAGCCCCUCCACCAAGCACAUGUGUUUCUGUCUUGUAGCACAGGUGACAAUCACCCCAACAGUAGCCACACGGGGGCGCUCCUACCAGGCCGCUGUUUUGCCUGUGCUGUUGGGGCCUGACAGGCAGGGGCUGAAGGUUUCUCUGUCCAAGGGAAACAAAGCAGAGGACCCCGAGGGCCAGAACCCCACAGACGGUGUCUUCCGGGUCACGCACUCUGCCACCUCCUGGCCCUGUGCCGUUUCUGAGCCGAGGCCCUGAAGCAGAAAGUCUCCUGGUCUUCCAUCUCCAUAGGAACCUGACUUGGGGGCUGAGGCUAAGGCUGGGAUGGCCAGUGAGGAGGAUUGGGUGUCCCCCUGAGAACUUCACGCAGUCGGCCUGUGGGAGCCAGCCUGUGGCCACAGGCAGCAGCAGCGGCCGAAAGUCCCGACAGAUCCCUUUGUGCCCCCAGGUUCCGUAGAGGACAAUAUGGCCAAGACCGCCAGCAACAUGCGGUCCCUAGGGAGAGUCCCGUGCCAGCCCUUCCCCUCGGCAUCCCUGCGGCAGAGGAGAGGGUUGGUUUGGAGCAGGCAGGCCCAGGGGAGCGAGACUUCUGCAUGCCCUUCACCAUCUCAGCCCGUCCGAGUGCUUGGGCUGGGGCUCGCCGGACCCCAGGGCAGGAGGUGAGGCUUCCUGGGGUGAACAAGGGCCAGGUGGAGGAGGGAGGCUCCCACACGCCCAGCCCCCUCCUGCCCCGACACCCGGGACAGUGCCACGUGUCCCCCCACCCACACCAGAAGCCAUUGGUCCGAGAGCCUCCAUCAGUGGCCAUAAGCCCCACAACAACUCGAGGGGGGAGGAAGCUAUGAAAGUGGGGGGCUGGGAGGUGUGUAUGUGGGGGGUGCUCUGAGCUGGGAGGACACCUGCAUCCACGUUCCCUCUGCACACAUACGAGCCCCCGCCCUCCUAAUCUUAAGCCAUUGCCAGAUUGCUCUCGAGCCUGGUGGGGUGUUAGUCUGUCCCCAGUUCUGUCCACUCACGUGCUCCCCUUGAAUAUCGAACGUGACUGUUUGCGAAGCUGGUAGACUUAAUCCCUCUUACUGUAGAUAACGCUGCAAGUUGGAGUUCUUUUUUUGUUGUUGCUGUGUUCUUUCAGAUGAUAUAUCUAUAAAUAUCUAUACAUUAUAUAUAUAUAUGUAUAUUGGGUUCCUCCUGUGUGUGGUUUUUCCAUUGGAGGUUGUCUUCUUUGGUCAAAGUGAACUUUUAAUGGAGUUUAUUAUUUUUCCUCUCUGUACAGUGAAGAGCCUAAUUUUGUGUAUUCUAGUGGCCGAUGUCAUGAGACUCAGAAAUGACAAACCGUAAGACAAAUAAAAAACCCUUGUCAACGUAGAAGGCGUUAACUGUGCUGAAAAAACGAAUAAAGACACAGAAGAAUUUGA